AUGUGGGAUGAAAAAAUCACCAAUACUAUCCAAGAAACUGAAUUUGUGCAAGCUGAAUCUACUGAUGCAGAAUCAUGCGAAGCUGAGAAAUAUGAAGCUGGAAAAUGUGAAGCUGAGGAAGCCUUAAAUGAAGCAUUCAGUAUCAUCAAAGAAAAACUAGAAACUGGUCCAAACUUUGUUUCUGCCGUACUUAAAUUUUCAGAACGCGUACGAGGCAUGUCUGACCAACGUCUGGCCAGUGCUCUUCAUUGCUUCAAUAGUGAUGGCACCAGGUCUGAACUGAAAGUUUAA